AAAGGCACUUCCUCCUUCUGCUCCUGCCUCUUCGGAGGAGACUGCGGGAGAAACGGCCAGGGGUGGAGAGGCCCUGACGGUUGUCUGGUGACGGGGAGGCCCUGACAGUGCUUCAGUGUCAGGGGCAGCAUGGGGUCUUGGGCCUGGCUGGCUGCAGGCCUGGUGGCUCUGCUCCUGGAAUCUGCUCUCCCGCAGGAAGUGUGCAGAGCUCCCAAUGGGCAGUCGGGAAUAGUGGGAGCCCCUGGGCUGAACGGGAGACCAGGGCAGAAAGGUGAUCAAGGUGAACCAGGCUUUGCCGGCAUUCGGACCGGGAUCCAGGGCCCCAAAGGUGAUCAGGGGGAGAACGGUCUCCCAGGGAAGCCGGGGAAUCAUGGCUACAGAGGACCCGAUGGCCCGCCUGGACCCCCGGGGAAUCCUGGACGGAAGGGGAUCAAGGGCGAACAGGGGACAGUCCGACAGCAUUCCCGGCCGGCCUUUUCCGCCGCCCGGAUGAAGCCCCUGUUGUCUAGUGGGAACGUGGUGAUUUUCAACAGGAUCAUCACCAACGAAGAGAGCCGUUACAACUCCCGGACAGGGAGGUUCACCUGCAACGUCCCCGGCUUCUACUACUUCACGUUCCAGGUGGUGUCCAACGGGGAUCUCUGCCUCUUCAUCAUGUCCCUCAAGGCUGGCAGGUCCAAGAGCACCUUGGGCUUCUGCGACAGUAACGGGAGGAGGAUACACCAGGUCAACUCGGGGAGUCUGGUGCUGGAGCUGGGGCUGAACGACCAGGUCUGGCUGGAGACGGACCCCGAGAAGAACAAGAUCUACACUGGAGACGAGGCCGACAGCGUCUUCAGUGGCUUCCUGCUCUUCCCUUCCAAUUGAGCGGGGGUUGGCAUCGGGGUCACGGGGCCUUGGGGAGGGCAGGGGGCACGGGGUUCUGGUUCGUGAGCCUAGUUGCGCCGGAUGCAGAGGAAUGGGCUGGGGAGGUUGACCAGAGAACCAGCUCAGGGCUGGUGAGGGCAGAUGUUCAUAUCUUUCUCCUCUACCCAGAAAACCCCUUAGGACUGAAGGAAAAUGGACCCAGAUCUUAAUUUCCUCUUCCUGUCAGUCCUUUGCAACCCCUUCCUCCCUGCGAGAGAGGCCAAGAAACUCAGCCCCGAAGCCAAGGUUCGUCCCAUCAAUUCACCCAAAGAGCUGGCAUCUCGGCUGCCCUCUGCCCAGCCCUCCACGUCCCAAGAAAACCCCAUGGUGCUCCCGAUUCCUGCCUUGGUGGAAGAGAAUGGAAAGAGCCCACUUGCAGCUGGGUUCAGGGAUUGGUGCUCUGCACAGAAUAAGUGCUCAGUAAAUACCAUUGAUUAAUUGAUUGAUUGAUGGAGGGGUGGGGAGAGCAACCCCUCACCCUUCAGUACCCCAGCUAAUUGCGCCGACUGCCUACUUGGGCCGGGUUGGCUUUGCCCCUUACCACUCUGGUCCAGUAGUUUGGCUUAUCCAUGAACUCCAUUUGGCUAGAAAAGAUGGACUAAAAUGUCUCUAACUCCAAAUCAAAUUGUUCAGUUUUCUCCUUUCCCUCUGCUGCUGCUGCACUAAUCACCGACCCCCACCCACUGCCAUUUCAAGGCCCUCUCACCUGGUUCCCCUCACACCCAAAUAGACGGACUGUCAGUGGACCCAAAACUCCCCCAUCCAAGGUCUAACAACUGGGGAAUCCCCAAACCCCCCACACUAGGGUUCCCCCUUCCUCCCUCCCUUCUUGCGACCCCCCGACCCGAAUUGGACUUUUUCUUUUGGAGUCCAAUCAGGGGAAAGGGGAGAUGGGUGGGGGCUGAAUCCAGUCAGAGUCACUCUUCCUGGCCUCCACUUCCAGCUUGGACUUCUAGCCCCGUCCUGGGAAACUGCAUUAUCCUCCCCUCCCUGUUUAGUCCUUGUCCUUCCCGCCCUUUCAAUCCUCCAAAUCCUUCUGUCCUCUCCCCAACUUCCGACGCUUCACAUCCUCUACACCCUCCUUGUCCUCUCCAUCUUCUCUGUCCUCACAGGGAGCAGAAGACGUGGUAGUUAGCCCUCAUUCCCCCAUCCCCCUCCCUUUUCCCAUCUGGGCUCUGCAGCCCCCUUCCCAGCCCUCAGCCCCCUCCCAUCUCUGGAUCAGAUUUUGUCACUGCUGGACCACGAUGUCUUCAAUGGCCACUACUUCUGCCAACUGGAUCCUACUGGGCCCUCCUACGCUUUCUGCUCUGCCAAUGGAGCCACCCCUGCUGACAGGAUGUGGAGAGGGGGAUUGAAGGGUCUCCCUUCUGCAUUACCCCUCCUACCAUCUCAAAGCAAACCCCAGGACAUACAUAAUGCUGCCAAUAAAUAAAGGACUAACAGGCCUUCUGCUCUUCCACCCAA